UUCAUCGAUCAUAGCAAAAAUGACUAGCAUUAUGAACCUUACUAGUUCCAUGGUCAUUCUCAGUAUCCUCAUUUCAACCUUAGUUUGUGAAGCUAGGCUUCUCCGAGUUACACCUGGAUUUGUUCAAACCAAGGACACAGAACUUGUGCUAAAUGGCUCUCCUUUCCUGUUUAAUGGCUUUAACUCUUACUGGAUGAUGAACGUAGCUGCUGAUCCAAACCAAAGAUAUAAAGUUUCCAAUGUAUUUCGAGAAGCUUCAGCUAUAGGUCUUACAGUGUGUCGUACAUGGGCAUUUAGUGAUGGUGGCAAUCAAUCUUUACAAAUAUCACCUGGUCUCUACAAUGAGGCUAUGUUUCAGGCAUUGGAUUUUGUGGUGGCAGAAGCAAAAAAGUAUAGAGUGCGUUUGAUUUUUAGCUUGGUCAACAAUUACAAUGAUUUUGGAGGAAGACCUCAGUACGUGCAGUGGGCCAAUAGUAGUGGGGUUCCCGUCGCCAACGAUGAUGACUUUUACACAAAUCCUGUUGUAAAAGGUUACUACAAAAACCAUGUCAAAAGGAUUCUAACAAGAAUCAACACAAUCACUAAAACAGCUUAUAGAGAUGAACCGACCAUCAUGGCUUGGGAACUAAUUAACGAACCACGCUGCCAAGUUGAUUACUCUGGCAAGACCAUCAAUGCAUGGGUUCAGGAGAUGGCUCCCUAUGUGAAAUCUAUUGACCCGAUGCACUUAUUGGAGGUUGGAAUGGAAGGAUUCUAUGGAGAUUCCAUCCCGGAUAGGCAACAAUACAACCCUGGUUUCCAAGUUGGUACAGACUUUGUUAGCAACCAUCUCAUUAAAGAAAUUGACUUUGCAACAAUCCAUGCUUACCCUGAUAAUUGGCUAACGGGACAAAACGAUACCAUGCAAAUGGCAUUCAUGCAAAGGUGGAUGACAAGUCAUUGGGAAGACUCAAGAACAAUCUUGAAGAAGCCAUUGGUGUUUACAGAAUUCGGGAAAUCGAAGAAAGAUCCAGGGUAUAGUAUCCACGCAAGAGAUUCAUUCAUGAAUGUUGUGUAUUCAAGCAUCUAUAGUUUUGCACAAAAUGGAGGAACAUUUGCUGGGGGCUUGGUUUGGCAACUUUUGGAUGAAGGAAUGGACCCAUAUGAUGAUGGAUAUGAGAUAGUUUUAUCUCAAAACCCUUCUACAAGUAGUGUUAUCAGUCAACAAUCUUCUAAAAUGGUUGCACUUGAGCAUAUUCAUUGAGCAUCCCUCGGGGAACUAAUAACCUCUUAGAAGAUUAGUGGCUCUUCCAUUGUUCGCGAUUUUUUUCCCUGGCAUUGGGGAGAUUUAAGAGAUCAGUUAGAAUAGCUUUAAUUAGUAAUUCGCUUCUAAUUAAAGUGAAAAAAAAAUACAAGUAUGAGAUUCUGUACGCAUUAGACAUUGUCUAUAAUAAUAA